UGUAACCUUUGAACAACAACAACAUAGCAGAAUUCAAUACUAAAUUAUUUAGAAGUGUUCAGCAACGUUUUUCGCUGCUCUCUUCACAUUAACAGUUGAACAAUGGAACCUAAGAAAGACACACUGCCCUUUGGCUGGGUAGUGAAACAGUCCAAAUCCUACCCUGACCGCGUCUACUACUUCAAUAUCAACUCAGGAGCAAGUACUUGGGAAUUCCCUGAUCUCAUUCAGCCUUAUUUGGACAAUAAGGGAAAAUCUCAGCCACUGCCAGCCUUGUCUGCAACUGCCCUGAAUUCCCCAGACCCUUCUUCAUUGUCGGAAGCAUCUCAGAACCAGCCUCAACACUCAAGAAGCAACAUUGAAGCAGCUUCCCCUAUGGCAAAAGAGUUACAGCAAACUCCAACGUCUUCCAAAAAGUCUCGCAUUAAGUCAAACACUUUUGAGCCGGAUUCACGUUCCCUGGUUUCCAGGUUCAAGGAUUCUGUUCCGCAGAAUUCUGCAAGAAAGUUCAUUCCCUCUGAUAGAGAGACACCAUGCACUGUAACAUCACACACAUCUCCCAUGUCAGCUGUGUCAAAAUCUCCGACCCAGUCACCCAGCGUGAAAACUCUUCCCAUUAAUUAUAAUCAGACCAGAAGGUUUGGUUCAAUACAGGCAAAAAGAGAUUCGCUUAAAAUUUUGGCAUCCUCAAACAGUUUGAAAACUCAUAGCUCAGGUGGAAUUAUUUCAUUGAAAGCAGAUGGUGUUUGUAAGAAAAUUUUAAAAGUCAGUGAAGAGAGCUUCAGGGAAGAUUCCCUGGCACAGUUGAAUUCUAGUGGCUCCAAAAUUGAUGACAAAAGUCAACAAGACAUUUGUAUAGCAAAAGGAACAUGGAAAAGUGUUCCAAAAUCUAAGCUAGACAUUGUUGAUUUAACUAAAUCAGAGAAUACAAAGUGCACAAAUGAAAAAUUGGGACCUCAAACACAAAAGGAAGUGAAAUCCUUACAAAAGUCUUCACCAAAAUGUGGGAGUGGCAAAGCCCAGGAUGGAAAUAAAAGGAAACUACUGCACCCUUAUUCUUCUUCUUCCAUUACAGCUGAUAAAAAGAGUCUUGAUAAACAAAAUUCAGUUGCUGCUGAUAGAGACGUUAAAAAACCUAUUUCACCAGUUAAGACGCCAGAAUCUUAUCAGCAUUAUCAGAACAAAAUUGUAACAAAGUCUCCUUUAAAAGUAUCAGAAUCAAAAGCAAGCAGUUCUUAUUUGGGCAGUACAAAGAUCACAGGUAAAAGGUCGUUGGAGACCGUUGAGGAAUCUUUGCCAUCACUGACAAAAUCAGGAUUGGUUUUGCCUGCUUCUAAACGAUUAAAAACAUGCCCAUCCCGUCUUCAAGAUUCGGAACAGACUCAGGAAAAUAGAAUCGGUGACAGUCGGAAGGUUAUUCGGCCCCAAUACAAAACCCCAACUGAGGCUAAAAAGGUCUCUGUUAAGUACAAUCAGUUAGUUACUUUACCUACGGAAACUGGACAUACUAAAACCUGUGUUGAUCUUGAAGUCAAUACAAGUGUGAAAUCAGAAAGUCGAGAAUCAGAGGACAAAAUAAAGUUAACAGGAACUGGCUUCGGUUUUGACUUUGAUAAGGGGACCUCUGAUUUUGUAAAUGAUGAUAGGAAUAACAACACUGAGUAUAGGUUGUUUAUUGGCAACAAAGAGAAGUUACUUGGCAUUCAGUCGUGGAUCAACAACAUUGAGGAAAACACUGACUGGUCAGACAGCUCCUCCCGGGAAGACCUUCCUCGGGAUACAUGCUCAGCCAGCUGUAACCAGUCCACAGAAAGUGGUUAUAUCUCCAUUGCACUAACACCUACACCCAGCCAGAGACGAGGAUGGCCUGGGCAGGCAAAAGCGAUAGACUGGAAGUCUCGAGAGAUCGUUGCCAUGGAUAUUGAUGCCUGCCUGUUUCCCAGCAAUGCUCAACGAAAUACAUGUACAGAGCACGGGAACCAAAUAAAUACAAAAAACGGAACCCAGAUAAAUACAGAGAACGGGAACCAUAUGGAGGCCAUGGAGAUUGACUAUGUUUUGACGGAGCUAAGAACACUCAUGAAGUCACAGACGCUGCAACAUGUUGAGAGUUUUGGUCCAGAAAACUUCCGAGAUCAAACAUCCCAAGGGGACACAGAACAUACACAGCUGGUCGUGGUUCUGGAUACAAAUGUGUUGAUCAGCAAUCUCAGCAUGGUGGAUGAUAUGAAAGAUAUGGAAAUUCCAAUGUUUGGGAAGCCAUGUCUGUAUGUACCUUGGAUAGUCUUAGUUGAACUGGAUCGGCUGAAAGGCACCAUGAGUAACAUACAGCCAACAAAGUGGUUAAAAACCCAGCUGGGUGCAAAGAAGGCCAUUUCAUUCUUAAAGAAACUUUUUGAAGAUCAACAUCCUAGGCUUAUCAAACAGACUGUCAAACAGUUUGAAGAAGCUAAGAAGGAGUUUGAAGCCUCGUGUAAUGAUGACAACAUUCUGCAAGCUUGCCUCAUGGUUCGGAAACAAUAUGACCACAUGGUUUUGUUCACUAACGACAACAAUUUGAUAACAAAAUCUUUCUGCUGUGACAUAUUGGCUUUUAACUCAAAGGAUGUCCACAAAGGAAUAGAGAACAUUGUUUCCAAUCCUGCCAAGUCCACCAGGUUUACAUCAAGGCAAUCAGGCCAGUCCACUGGACCUAUUACUCCUCCAACCAUGGCUCCUAUAGCAACAACAACAACAAACACAGCAGCAUUUCCAUCUGUGAACAUGGCCACAGCAGCGGCAAGAUCUUUUACACCGAGAACAUCGCUGACAAGUCCGGUGUCAAAGCAGUGUGUGACACAACAUGACAGAGAUGUGCCAACUGGGAACAAUCGCUCUUGCACCAAUACAAGCUUGAAAUCAGUGCUAGAUGACAUGUACUGCAAGAUGAAGACUGCCCUCCAUGAAGCCUUGGGAACCGUCCUGGAACAGGAAAUGAAAACAGUUUACAAUGAAAUCUGGCACAUGAUAGUUUUCCGAAAACCUCCCUGGUCACUGAAAGACAUCCUAGAAUGCUGGAAAAAACAUUGGAUAGCUGUGUUUGGGAUGAUCUUCCCCAGGAGACUGAUACACAAUGUAGAGUCACUGCUGGAUUUCUUCACGCAGUCCUGCGUUUUAGUUCUUACGAAAAUCGAGAAAGCAUUGGGGGAUGCCGUAGAAAUUCUAGACGAGUGUGUGAUUAAAAAGAAGUAUGGCCUGAGUGUGGAAACCAUGACGCGAUGCAUACAUGCCUUAAAGGGGCUGUGUAAGGGGUUACAAACUGGAACUGUCACCCCUGAAACAGUUACUAGUCUGGACAACUACCUGACAGAUAAGCUGGGAGUUUUUGACAUCACCUCCCACAGGUCGUCCACCAGUGUGGAGGCCUUGGCCCAGAAUGUAUCUGCUGAUAAUAAAACUAAUCUUCAGCAUUCCCGUCUCAGAGACAUCGGCUUUCAGACCAAUAUUCAGAGUCCCAACCACAUAGUUAGUAACAACAUGGGCGUGGUAGACUCUGGAGCAUUCCGUGCCUUUUCUAACACUGGUGAUAGUGGAUCAAGAGGUUGCAGUAAGCCUAAUUGUUUGGUUCCAAGUGUUCAGUCAAAUGGUUAUAACAACAAUGCUAGUAACAUAGAAUCAAAAACUUCACAUUUAAAACCUAAUUCAGAAAAUAGCAGGAGUUUUGGUACUUCUGAUAAUGUGCACUUAAAUGAAAUGAAACCAGUCGAUUGUAAGCGCUUUGGAAAUUUAAACCAAUCUAGUGAUGUCACAAAUGGAAACGAGGCAACAACAACAGGAAGUGAAGUCAUUCGGACAUCAACAGGAAGUGAUGUCGUGUUGAGGGAGGCUGAUAGGGCGACAGCCCUUAACGCUGGCACAAGGCUGGAACAGAUCUGGAAAUUUAUUCAUAAUAGCUGUCAGGAGAUUCAAGAUGGUUUCCAAAGCAACCAGAUUCCUGUUGGCAUAGCAACACAGCUACAGCUUCUGGUAGCCACUGUGAUGGAUCUCCGCAUAUCCUAUGUUGGGUUGCUAGAGUUUCCUGUGUCAGAGCUGACCAAUCGGGAGCGAGAGUUUACAGCUCUCACCAAUAUAUGCAAUGGCUUCUUUCAUCGCUUCCAGUUACCAGAUCCUGUACCAGUGACAGUAGUGUUGCCCACCCAGCUGUUAACACUGUACAGUUUACCUGAGUUCAGAGUAAUCCUACAACAACUUCAUGUGAAGGUGGAUGAAAUGCUUCGUUUCCUGUACCAGUUUGUUCAAGCAUUGACAGCGGAUGAUUGAAGGAGAAGAUAAGGUCAGCACUGUGAAUAUGGUGUUGGCCUUGGGAGUCAUCCAAUCUGACAAUCCAUCCCACUGUGGGAGUGUUUUUUAGACUCCCCCCGUCAGCAAGUACUGGUUCCUCCCAGUGCAUUGAGUGUUUCAAUAAGCCCUAGGCUUUUUAUGCAAUCUAGCUCAAAUGAAUAGUUUUGAACUAAAGGAGAAGACAUCCAUUUAGGGAUUGAUAUGUUGAGUGAAAUGGUGGGGAUUCUCUUCUGUGACUUGAAAGUUAGACAGAUGGAGCAAAUAAAUCUCUACUGUGAGGGGAAAAAAUAAAGCUGAAUCAGUACUGUUAUUAAGAAAUGCACUGUGAGGGGAAAAUAUAGGAAGCCAAUUCUGCAAUGUUUGUAAGCAAUCCUUUGACCAAAAUGUGAAUGGAGUGAAAUCUGUGAGUAAGACAUCCACUAUGAGAGACAAUCUAUGCAGCAAAAUAUUUAACCAGGUUUUUAACCAGGUUUUCCGAAGGAAAAAACUGGUUAUUAGAUUGGCGAAUGCGGGCGGGCUGGCUGGCUGGCUGGCGGGCUGGCGGAAUAAGCUUGUCCGGGCCAUAACUAUGUCGUUCAUUGUCAGAUUUUAAAAUCAUUUGGCACAUUUGUUCACCAUCAUUGGACGGUGUGUCGCGCGAAAUAAUUACGUCGAUAUCUCCAAGGUCAAGGUCACACUUUGAGUUCAAAGGUCAAAAAUGGCCAUAAAUGAGCUUGUCCGAGCCAUAACUAUGUCGUUCAUCGUCAGAUUUUAAAAUCAUUUGGCACAUUUGUUCACCAUCAUUGGACGGUGUGUCGCGCGAAAUAAUUACGUCGAUAUCUCCAAGGUCAAGGUCACACUUUGAGUUCAAAGGUCAAAAAUGGCCAUAAAUGAGCUUGUCCUGGCCAUAUUUAUGUCAUUCAUUGUGAGAUUUUAAAAUCAUUUGGCACAUUUGUUCACCAUCAUGGGACGGUGUGUCCCACGAAAGAAUCACGUCAAUAUCUCCAAUGUCAAGGUCGCCACGACUAAAAAUAGAUUUAAAAAAAAAAAAAAAACUUACAAAGGGGGUUAAUUUUUUUUGGUCAUUUCAAAAGUUCAGUUUGAGUUUUCUCCCUUUAUCAGAUUUUUUUUUCACAAUGAAAACCUGGUUUUGUGACAAUUUUGUCCCUUGUUUUAUUUUAUUAUGAAGAGAAAAAUAAGAAGUGAAAUUAAGAAUAAUUGAUAAAAGGGAGAAAAUGCUCUCUCUAUUAAUAUUAGAUUGUGGUAUGAGGGGCGUAUGGCAGUCUGAACAGCUGCUAUUGGGUUAAUAGCUUAAGUUUGCAUUAAUCAAUCUUGAUGACAUGAAGGAUAUAGCAAGCAUGGACGGACGCUUGUUCGGGACUGUAUUUUCGGGUCAAGCUCAAAGUCAUCGUUAUUCGCCAUGAUUCUUGUUUUACUUUUGCUAACAUUUGAAAUGGGUUUAACUUAACACAUGCCCCUUUCUCUAUACGAUGCAUUUCAUUUCAUGAAUUAUUUUUGUCAAAUAAUAAAUGUUUUUAAAAGCUGAUGUGUUCAUAGAAACAACUGUAAUGCAUCAAGUAAUGAAUACAGGUUAUUAAACCAAUAACUUAUUGAAUGUUAUAAACAGUUUUUGUGUUGUACUACCAUAGUUGUAUUUUCUGCAAUUUAAAUGCCGUUGAUAAAGCAGUUAUGUUCUUAGUUCAUGAUCUUUUUAUGACCCCGGAUUGAAUGAUCGGAGGUCUAUUGUUUUUGGCCUGUCUGUCUGUCUGUCUGUCUGUCUGUCUGUCUGUCUGUCUGUCAUUGUAUGUGUGUGUCUGUCUGUCCCAAAACUUUAAGGUUGGUAAUAACUUUUGCAAUAUUGAAGAUAGCAACUUGAUAUUCGGCAUGCAUGUGUAUCUCAUGAAGCUGAACAUUCUGAGUGGUGAAAGGUCAAGGUCAUUCUUCAAGGUCAAAGGUUAAAUAUAUGGCUUCAAAGCAGCACAUUAGGGGGCAUUGUGUUUCACAAACGCAGCUCUUGUUGUUUAAAUCAGUGGUUUAUUUUCUGUUUUGUUUUUAGUAUGUUAGAGUUUCAAGUUUGCAAGUACUUACCAAAUAUUUAUAUCAUGAAAUUAUCAGUUGAUUUUUGGAGAAAAAUGUUCAACUUGUUGUUGCUCUGUCAUCUUUAAAUAUUGUUUCCCUUCUUUUUUUAAGCCCAUUUAAUGAAUUUCAAUAAAUUUACUAAUAAAUAAUUUUAAUUGCCUUUUUUUAGUCUGGCAAGGGGGGCAAUUUUUACCUUUUUGGUUAGCAAUGUACUAAAAUUAUAUUUUAGAUAUUUAAAUAAUGAAUGAUUCUAAAGGUAUUGAUGUUGGGGCAUGUUUGAAACACUGUUUGUGUUAUUUGAUGCUAAUGACUGGACUUUUUUUGUGCAAUUACAAUUUUAUAACAAAACCGUUUAGAUGUGAUGUUAUAAUUAUUGUGCCCUUGGUAAGUUAUGUACAGUCUACUCUCGUUAUCUCGAAGUCGGCGGGAACAAGAAAAAAUAUCGAGAUAACGAGAGUUCGAGAUAUCCGAUUAGGCGUUUUCAAAGAAAAAAUGAGACGAAAUUUUGACUUGUUUUUAACAUCAAUAUACCUGAUUAGUGGUCUAACUAAAGCCGUCAACCGUGGCAUAAUACUCUCUACUACCCUAUCUAUUACUUGAUAUAUAUGCGUUUUAAAGAGGCACGAUUAAAUUUGUUAUUUAAAUGCUUAAAAUGACGUUUUAAGUGUUACUAAAUUGCAUGAACACAUGCGGUUAUCAUUUUCUAAACUUUCGAGUAAACAUCCGGUAAUGUUGCUAUUUAAAGUUAUGAUGCAAGUGAUGUUCAAUCAAAACAAGGGUUUUUCAUAUGGACAUGCGUAAAUCACGUUCCGGAAUACUGGACUGUACAUGUACAUUUUGUAGUUUGAAAUGCAAAGUUCGAUCGAUGAUUAGUACAGGAUAAAAUAAACCCACAGGUUAUAAAAUGACAGGCCUUACUCAAGUGUUAAUGGCUAAUGACAUAACACAAGUGUGGUCAUUGAUGCAAUUAACGGAUCAAUUAUCUUCUGCACAGUAUCGGGAGAAGCCGGGCGAAGCGGGACGGUGAAGUAUCAAAGAAAAAAUUUCUCACCUUUGCCAACACUCGGACAGUUAUUCGCACUACGAGAUAAACCACAGUAAAUACAUGUAAAAUCCGGACUCGGUACAAAUUUGUAUAUCGAAAUAUUGAAUUAUUCGACAUAACGAAAAUCGAGAUAUGCGAUGUUUAUUAAUAUAGAUAAAGAAGGAAAAAAGUUGGGACAUUGAGCUUACUUCGACAUAUCGAAAAAAUCGAGAUAUCCGAUGUCGAGAUAACGAGAGUAGACUGUAUGUUAAUAGGAAAUAUGUGUUAACUACAGGAAGUUAUGUGUUAACUCAUCUAGGUUGUGUUAACUUAUACAAAUUAUAUGUUAAGUAAUGAAAGUAAAAAAUUGUGUAAUUAAUUACGUAGUUGGACAAGCGUUGUGACCAAUUUUUUGUUCAGCCCCCCCCCUAAACAUUCUGUCAGUUACACUUUUAGGCUCUGAAAAUAAUGUAUAUUAGGUUAAAUUAAAACGUUUGUCAAGUUGUUCAAUUUUUAGCUCAUCUAUUUUUGGAAAAAAAAUUAUGAGCUAUUGUCAUCACCUUGGCGUCUGCGUCGGCGUCGGCGUCCGGUUAAGUUUUGCGUUUAGGUACACUUUUCUCAGAAAGUAUCAAUGCUAUUGCAUUCAAACUUGGUAAACUUACUUACUAUCAUGAGGGGACUGGGCAGGCAAAGUUAGAUAACUCUGGCGUGCAUUUUGACAGAAUUAUGUGCCCUUUUUAUACUUAGAAAAUUGAAAAUUUUGGUAUAGUUUUGUGUUUAGGUCCAUUUUAUUCCUGAAGUAUCAAAGCUAUUGCUUUCAUACUUGCAACACUUACUAACUAUCAUAAGGGGACUGUGCAGGCAAAGUUAUGUAACUCUGACUGGCGUUUUGACAGAAUUAUGUGCCCUUUUUAUACUUAGAAAAUUGAAAAUUUGGUUAAGUUUUGUGUUUAGGUCCACUUUAUUCCUACAGUAUCAAAGCUAUUGCUUUCAUACUUGCAACACUUAUUAACUAUCAUAAGGGGACUGUGCGGGCAACGUUAUGUAACUCUGACUGGCAUUUGGACGGAAUUAUGGGCCCUUUAUACUUAGAAAAUUGAAAAUUUGGUUAAGUUUUGUGUUUUGGUCCACUUUACCCCUAAAGUAUCAUAGAUAUUGCUUUCAUACUUGGAACACUCACAAACUAUCAUAAGGGUACAGUAAAAGGACUAGUUGCAUAACUCUGGUUGUCAUUUUUACGGAAUAAUAGCCCUUUUUUGACUUAGUAACUUUGACUAUAUGGUUAAAUUUUGUGUUUCGAUCCACUUUACUUCUAAAUAUCAAGGCUAUUGCUUUCAAACUUCAAAUACUUUCAUGCUAUCAUGAGGUUACUGUACCUGGCAAGUUGAAUUUUACCUUGAUCUUUGAAUGACCUUGACUCUCAAGGUCAAAUUAUUAAAUUUUGCUUAAAUUGCCAUAACUUCUUUAUUUAUGAAUAGAUUCGAUUGAUACUUUGACAAAACAACUCUUACCUGACAUACCAUACAUGAAGCUGCAUAUUUUGAGUGGUGGAAGUUGAAGGUCAAGGUCAUCCUUCAAGAUCAUCCUUCAAGGUCAAAAAAAUUCAAAGCAGCGUUCUCAUGAAGCUGCACAUUUUGAGUGGUGGAAGCUCAAGGUCAUCCUUCAAGGUCAAAGGUCAAAAAACAAAUAAAAAAUUUCAAAGUGGCAUUAUCAUAAAGCUGCACAUUUUGAGUGGUGGAAGUUCAAGGUCAAGGUCAUUCUUCAAGGUCAAGGUCAUCCUUCAAGGUCAAAGGUAAAAAAAAAAUCAAAGCGGCGUUAUCAUGAAGCUGCACAUUUUGAGUGGUGUAGGUUCAAGGUCAAGGUCAUCCUUUAAGGUCAAGGUCAUCCUUCAAGGUCAAAGGUCAAAUAAAAUAUAAUAAAAAAAUCAAAGCGGCGUUAUCAUGAAUCUUCACAUUUUGAGUGGUGGAAGUUCAAGGUCAAGGUCAUCCUUCAAGGUAAAAAAAAAUAUAAAAAAUUCAAAGCAGCGUUCUCAUGAAGCUGCACAUUUUGAGUGGUGGAAGUUCAAGGUCAAGGUCAUCCUUCAAGGUCAAGGUCAUCCUUCAAGGUCAAAGGUAAAACAAAUUAAAAUAAAUUCAAAGCGGCGUUCUCAUGAAGCUGCACAUUUUGAGUGGUGGAAGUUCAAGGUCAAGGUCAUCCUUCAAGGUCAAAGGUAAAAAAAAAACAAUAAAAAAUUUCAAAGUGGGGCAAUAGGGGGCAUUGUGUUUCUGACAAACACAUCUCUUGUUUUUUUCAAACAUGGUUAAAAAACACAAAUAUUUAUUUUUAUUAGCUCCACUGGCCAAAGGCCAGCUGGGCUUAUGUCAUGGUCCUGUGUCCAUCGUGUGUGCGUGCGUGCGUGCGUUAACUUUUUCUUUAAACAUCUUCUUCUCCUAAACUACUGGUCCAAAUCUGAUGAAAUUUCUCAGGAAUGUUCCUGUGGUGAACCUCUUUCAAAUUUGUUCAAAUUAUGCCCCUUGGGUCAAAUUUGACCCUGCCCCGGUGGGUCAAAAAAUUGAAAAUUUGCUUAUAUAAGGCCUAUUUUGUGCGAACUUUAUAAAUCUUCUUGUCCAUAUCCAUAAGGAAUAGGGCUACCAAAUUUGGUAUGUAUUGACAUCUUAUAGUCUUCUUCCAAGUUUGUUCAAAUUAUGCCCCUGUGGUCAAAUUUGACCCUGCCCCGGGGGGUCAAAAAAUUGAAAAUUUGCUUAUAUAAGGCCUACUUUGUGCAAACUUUAAAAAUCUUCUUGUCCAUAACCAUAUGGCAUAGGGCUACCAAAUUUGGUAUGUUGUGACAUCUUAUUGUCCUCUACCAAGUUUAUUCAAAUUAUGCCCCUGGGGUCAAAUUUGACCCUGCCCCGGGGGGUUAAAAAAUUGAAAAUUUGCUUAUAUUUUUGUGCAAACUUUAAAAAUCUUCUUGUCCAUAACCAUUGGGACUAGGGCUACCAAAUUUGCUAUGUAGUGACAUCUUAUAUUCCUCUACCAAGUUUGUUCAAAUUAUGCCCCUGGGGUCAAAUUUGACCCUGCCCCGGGGGGUUAAAAAAUUUAAAAUUUGCUUAUAUAAGGACUAUUUUGUGCAAACUUUAAAAAUCUUCUUGUCCAUAACCAUUGGGCCUAGGGCUACCAAAUUUUGUAUGUAGUGACAUUUUAUAGUCCUCUACCAAGUUUGUUCAAAUUAUGCCCCUGGGGUCAAAUUUGACCCUGCCCCGGGGGGUCAAAAAAUUGAAAAUUUGCUUAUAUAAGGCCUAUUUUGUGAAAACUUUAAAAAUCUUCUCGUCCAUAACCAUUGGGCCUAGGGCUACCAAAUUUGGUAUGUUGUGACAUCUAAUAGUCCUCUACCAAGUGUGUUCAAAUUAUGCCCCUGGGGUCAAAUUUGACCCUGCCCUGGGGGGGUCAAAAAAUCGAAAAUUUGCUUAUAUAAGGCCUAUUUUGUGCAAACUUUAAAAAUCUUCUUGUCCAUAACUGUAUGGCAUAGGGCUACCAAAUUUGGUAUGUAAUGACAUCUAAUAGUCCUCUACCAAGUUUGUUCAAAUUAAGCCCCUGGGAUCAAAUUUGACGGUUCCCCAGGGUUCACAAAAUUGAACAUAUGCUUAUAUUGGGCCCAUUUUGUGCAAACUAUAAAAAUCUUCUUGUCCAUAACCAUUGGGCCUAUUUCUACCAAAUUCGGUAGGUAGUGACAUCUAAUAGUUCUCUACUUAGUUUGUUCAAAUUAUGCCCCUAGGAACAAAUUUGACCUUGCCCCAGGGGUCACAAAAAUGAACAUAUGCUUAAAUAAGGCCUAUUUUGUGCAAACUUUAAAAAUCUUCUUGUUCUUAAUUAUAGAGCCUAGGGCUACUAAAUUUGGAAUGUAGUGAUAUCUAAUAGUCCUCUACCAAAUUUGUUCAAAUUAUUUCCCUGGGCUCAAAUUUGACCCGGCCCCGGGGGUCACAAAACUGAACAUAUGACGUUUACCAGUAGAGAUUACUGCGGCUGUUUGGCUGUGACCAACAACAACAUCAACAUCUUGUAAACAUGAGAUAAAACCCUGUCAUUUAUUUCCAUUUUAGGUCAGAUGGUGACUGCUUACAAAGGCAUUGAAGUAAGAACAUGUGUUAUGAAUGUUUUUCUUAUAAACUGAAAAAAGUCAGGUUUUAUUUAAAUAUGUCGAAAGUGACCAUAUAUCCGGAUGAAAAUAUUUUGGAUGACAUGUUAAUUUCAUGUCUUUUUUGUAGUGUUAAAACCAGUUUAAUAAUAUAUUGUUGAUUUUAAAAACACAACUUCCAUGAACAUAAUUAUUUCAAGGAAAGUCAAUAUAUGAUACUGCACGGUAAACUCAAACUUUGUAUCCAAGAGGAGGUGUUGAAAUUAAUGAAGUGCAUUGUUCUUAACUAUCGUAUAUGCUGCUUUUUAAUAACUAAUGAUUCAUUGUUCCAUUUGUGAAUCGUGACUGAUCAUGAAUUGUUGAAAUGAUUGUCAAUUGCUCAGCAAUCCAUACAUAUUUCUGACCAUUUUAUAAUUUUCUUAAUACAAAUGUAUAAGUUAUGAAUUGAUCUUAGAAGUCAAAUGUAUUACUUAAUUAAAUACAUUUAUAAAUAUAAAGAAAUAAUCUUUAGAUUAUCAUAAUAUUCUCAGGCCUGUUGGUCUUAGGGAUGUGUUGGUUGAUGAGCAAUUUCUCCUUUUAUCACAAUUAUUUCUACUCUACCUGAUCAUUUCCUUCAUAUUCCAUUUUAAUUCAUUUGACGUCUGCAACCUCUUUCAAAUUGGGAAAGUCCAAAAUGUGUUGCUUGGUAAAGGGUUAAGGCAUUUUGAUUCCUAUGGGUCUUGUGAAUCUGUUUCAAAUCAAAUGCGUAGAUUUGAUCUUCAGCAUCUAAAAAUAUGUGAAAUAGAAAGAACAACAAUAUCUUUUGGAGAGAUAAAUGUACCUACGUUAUAAGCAAAGGACCUGUGCAACAAUGCCCGGGCUUUUUUGUCUAUUUAGUUAACACGGUAGUAACUUUUUACAUAUAUAAAAAUGCUCACCCUUCCAACUUUAAGCGCCCAGUGGGACGAGGGAUAGAAAGAGAAAGUCACAUGCUUGAGUACAUUUCAACCCAUGCGAAUUCCCCUUUUUGUCGCAAAGAAAAAACAGUGGAGCGAUACAGGGCCAUCAUGGCCCUCUUGUUAUUUUAUUUUUGAAAUACGGUCCAACCAUACCACCCAAGAAUCCCCCCCCCCCCAAAAAAAAAAUUAUGUAAUUUUUUGUUUGCAUUGUUUUUGCAUUUUUGGAAGAUAAUGUAAUAAAUGACCACACCCCUACACUAUACACCCCUCUCCACUCCAACCCUCCCUCCUUUGUGAUUGAAAUUGAGAUAGGUCCCUACACCUAUAAAAAGAAAAAUAGAUGAGCGGUCUGCACCCGCAAGGCGGUGCUCUUGUUAUCAAUUGUUCUAACUUAAAUCUAAGUCGUUAUUCAAUCCAUAACAUGUUGGUUACCAGUAAUUAAUAUCUGAAGAUAUAAUGUUUAAUUUCUUUCAAUUAUUAUUAUUGUACUUACAGGGGUGUGAUUUUUCCCACUUUGAAUAUCAAACUAAUUUUACAAAUAGUCAUUAACUUUGCUGAAUCUAUAUGAGCCGUGUUCUGAUAAAACUGUGCUUAAUGCAUGUGCGUAAAGUGUUUUCCCAGAUUAGCCUUUGCAGUCUGCACAGGCUAAUCAGGGACGACACUUUCCGCCUAAAUUGGAUUUUUGCUAAGAAGAGACUUCAUUUAAAUGAAAAAUUUCAUAAAAGCGGAAAGUGUUAUCCCUGAUUAGCCUGUGCAGACUGCACAGGCUAAUCUGGGAUGACACUUUACGCACAUGCAUUAAGCCCAGUUUUCUCAGAACAAGGCUCAUAUUCCAACGAAGAGUUAAGUUAAACCCUUUAAAAGGGGUAGGGCAUUUUCCUCUCCUGAGGUGGUUAUUGAAUCACAUUCCUUAUUGUUUUAUUGUAUGUCUUCUCCAGCAAUUCAUACCUCACUGUAUUAAAAGGAAGAUGAUAUAUUGAUAUGCUAGUCAAAUUCAGUUUUUGCUUUCCAAAUUCAUAAUACUGAUGUAUUCUUAAAAUUGGGAUUGCAAAAUGGUGUUUUUUUAAUAACCAAUGCCGGUAUGUUCAUGUAUACGUUUUUCACAUGGGCUUACGGCCUCAGGUAUUUUGAAAUUAACUCAAUUAUUAAAAAACUUAUAUUGCUUAAACUAGUUAAGGUAUUCAUUUUUAUGUUUCAUUUAAUUAUGUUUCAUUUACAUACGGAAAAAUAUACUUUUUAAUAUAGGUAAAUAGUAAAACCUUUUUUAUAUCAUUAAGAAAAUCUUAGUUUUAUUGAUUGUUUUGUAUACAAUUGACAUACUUAAUAACCUUGUUUUUGUUUUGCAUUUGAAGAUACAUAUGCAAGCACUAUACAAUACAUGUGUACAUGUAUUAUACAUUUUUUUUAUUAAUUAUCCUGCAGAGGGGGUCAGUCGAUUUGCCUUUCUCUAGCGAUUUAAUUUAAAUUUAAAAUAUUUCAUACCAUGCAGUGUUUGUGUGCAAGAUAUUUUUUCAUGCCCAAAGAUCCACUCAUUAUUAAGUUAUGUACCCAGAGCUCCAGAUAAGGGUCUUAUUUUCGUAAUUACGAAUUAUUUUCAAGUCCGUUACGUAUUUAUUUUAAAAUCUUGUCGUACCAUUAAGAAUUACAAAAUCAAGUUACGAAUAUUAUUUUUACAUCGGUUCGUAUCGAUUUUUAUUGAUUUCUUUUCGCGUAUUAAAGAUCUUUUCGGUGCUUAUAUAGAAUGGUUAUCGGGUUUGUUUAACAAAGCGCAUUUUUUUCAAUAAAAGCGGCGUGUACAGUCUGUACAUCAAAAAACAAUGGCGGCGACAAUGAGCGUCCUAAAAAACUGCAAAGCGUGCAAAAACUCGAUUUUAACAUAUUGUACGCAAAUUGAGCCGAAGUUGAAUGUUAAGAAAGACAUUAUAGAAAAAAUCUUAUACGAUGUUUUAUGUUCAGUUGCCGACACAGUCGGAAAAGCUAAAAAAAACGCGACACGACGGGUCCAAACUUAAACAAAAAAAAAAUUGAACGAGUAGAAGGGACAUUUCCCGUGGCUAAUCGUUGAACAGAUUGAAGGGUAGACCCGUUUUAAUUUUGCAAUAUGUAAAAAUUCAUCGAAGGCUUGCAAUCUAAGCACAGUUUGGGCAUAUGAAGGUAUUUGAAAAAUAAAAUUGUAUAAUACUGAAUAGACACCGUUGAACUCGUAUAAAUAAAGUUGCUAGUAUGUUUAUUUCGAUUUUUUGCAUGAAAAUAACCAUUAUUAUUUAUUUUUAGGUCAUUUAGAAAAGUUAAGAUUUAUUUUCCAAAACUUAGUAGUAACGUUAAGAAUAAAAUUUCAGAGUUAAGAAUUCUUUUUGAAAAUCUGGUAGUAACAUUAAGAAUUUCACAAAACCUUAUCUGGGGCUCUGGUACCCUUGAAGCAUUAAUGUUUAAGUUCUUGGAGCACAUUUCAUCCACAUUUCUUAAGCGAUUAAAUUCCAAUUUCCAAUAUGUCAUCACCUUAAAGUAGAUGUCUUUCUUUAACAGUGAUUCCCGGAGUCUUUAGUUAUCUGCACUUGAACAUUGAGUGCAAAGCGGAGCAGCGGCAUAAGUCGUGUUUAUGACUAAGCAGUAAUAAAUAUAAAACAUUAAAAAUGUGUGUAGUGUGAAGUACAUGUAGAAUACUAUGAGUGUGAUUUAGAUGAUGUGAUGUAGUUAAAUACAUAGCUUAGCUCAAAUGACAGCUUGUCAGUCCAAACAAUACGGCUGUUCUUUUUGUGAUAUCUCGUCGAAUUGAUUAUAUGUAAAUAUUAAUUAUUAUUUGUGUUAAUACAAAGUUUAUGUUUC